AUGGACUUGAAUGAAUUAGAGGAUACAUACAAUGAUUUUCUUGAUGGGGAAAACUAUGUGUCGGAUAGAAAUGACACAGGGUCAAGUGAUGUCCUAAAUGCUAUGAGUAACAGUGACAGUGAUAAUACAUUGAAUGGAGUGGGUUAUGAUGGUAGAAGUUCAGAUGAUGAAGACUGGGUUAAUUCUCAAAGUGCAGAUAGUGAUGAUAACAACACAUCUUUUGAGAAUGAUUUAGUCGAUGAGGUUGAUGACGAAGAAGUUGUGGAUUUGAGCUUAGAUGGGGAUGAGAGUAUGCCAGUUAUGAGUACCAAUGUUAAUGACUUAGAACCCACUAUUGGCAUGGUAUUCCGGACUGAUGAUGAGACUUAUGAACAUGAUAACAAUUAUGCCAAGGAGUUUGGGUUUUCAGUUAGGAAAUACAGGGUUGAUCGCUCAAAGUUAGAUAAAGAAAUAGUAGCAAGAUACUAUGUGUGUUCAAAUCAAGGUGAGAAAAUAUAUAACAAACGGAGAAAGGUGGAUUACCAGCCUUGUGUGGUAAAGAAAACUAAUUGUGGGGCUCUAAUAAAGAUCAAGAGUAAUAAUGGAUUGUGCGUUGUGGAUAAAUUUGAAAAGGAGCACAACCAUAUGUUGGUGCACAGGAAUGAGACUUUCAGACUUAUAUCACGUCAGAAAAAACAUAGAGGUACAGUUGACCUUAUAGAACAACUCCAUAAGUGUGGGAUACCAGCUUCACUAAUAAUGAGAAUUGUAAAAGAUUUUGCUGGUGGUGAGUAG